UUCCAGAACUCUCUCCCCCCGUCCGUCCCUCCUCCUUAUCUCCAGCCCGGACGACCCCGCCGCCGCUCCGUCCGACCUAGGGUUCUGCGCCGCCGCCCGGCUCCCGAGGAGAUGCCUCGUUACGAUGAUCGUUAUGGAAACGCACGCUUGUAUGUUGGUAGAUUGUCCUCCCGUACUCGUUCGCGCGACCUAGAAUAUCUUUUCAGCAAAUAUGGAAGAAUACGGGAAGUGGAAUUGAAGCGCGACUAUGCAUUCAUUGAAUUCAGUGAUUCUCGUGAUGCUGAUGAAGCCCGGUACAAUCUAGAUGGCAGGGAUGUUGAUGGGAGCCGCAUUAUUGUUGAGUUUGCUAAAGGGGUUCCACGUGGUUCUGGUGGUUCACGAGAGCGUGAAUAUGUGGGGAGAGGGCCUCCUCCAGGAACAGGCCGUUGUUUCAACUGUGGUAUAGAUGGUCAUUGGGCCAGGGAUUGCAAGGCUGGUGACUGGAAGAACAAAUGCUACCGCUGUGGAGAAAGAGGCCAUAUAGAGAGAAAUUGCCAGAAUAGCCCGAGGAGUCUCAGGCGUGAGAGAAGCUAUUCACGGUCCCCAUCUCCACGUCGUGGACGGGCCCGCAGUCGGAGCUACAGCAGAAGCCGUAGUUACAGCCGAUCUAGGUCCAGAUCUUACUCAGAGUCUCCGAGAGGGCGCCGCACAGAGCGUGAUGAGAGGAGAUCGAGGAGCAUUAGCUACAGCAGGAGCCCCAGGCGAUCACUCUCCCCAGAAGCUAAGGAAAUGGACCGUAGCCCCACACCUGAUCGCAGUCGGAGCCCCAGGCGAUCCAUCUCCCCUGUAGCAAAGGAUAAUGGUGACAGCCCUCGGGGCAGGAGGACAAGCAGGAGCCCUUCUGAUGGCUACCGUAGCCCUGUGGCCAAUGGGCGCAGCCCUAGAAGCCCUGCUAACAAUGGCAGUCCCAGUCCUGCCAGGGACAACAAGGGCAGUCCAAGCCCGAGGGGCAACAACGGUAGCCCUAGUCCUAAGGGCAAUGGUAAUGGUGGCAGCCCAAGUCCAAGAGGCAAUGGCGACGGUGAUGGCCUUCGCGGCUCAGGCUCACCCAGAGGAAGAAGCGCGUCUCCCUGAAACAUGGAACCAUUUUCCAGUUUCUCGUCGCUACAUGUGGCUGUGACAUAUUUAAAGUUUUAAGAUGUUUUGCAGUGAAUUUCCUAUCUGUUUCCUAAACCUGGUAUUUUGUUGCUCGAUGCCUUGGGGGGGAUUUGCUACUCUUGUUAUGUUGUGUGUAAUGGAUUGGAUUGAUAGUACUGUUAUUUAUUUAGCAUAAGAAUAUAUGGUAUCAGUCUGUGAUA